UCACAGAGUACGCCCAUUGUUUUAAUUUGUUUUUUACUCUGAAUUUGUUCCGCUUACCAAUCCAUUUUGUCCGCCUCCCUCGGCGUCCUUUAUCUAAUCAGUUUGCCUACAGCACAGGUUCACCAUGAGAGGCAUCCAGGUGGCACAGUAUGUCAAGGGGCCCCAUGAGCUCGAAGUAACCGAGCUACCGGACCCGGAGCCGGGCCCUGACGAGUACCUCAUCGAGGUGCAUGCUGCAGCGACGAACUUCUUCGACAUACUGCAGAUACAGGGCAAAUACCAGCACCAGCCUCCCUUCCCCUGGGUAUCCGGUGCCGAAUUUGCCGGCGUCGUGCUGGCCACUCCCCCCAACUCCAAAAAGCCCAAAUUCCCCGUUGGAUCCCGGGUGUUCGGGGCCACACAAGGCGCAUAUGCCACCAAGGCCGUGGCCAAAGAAGUCAGCAUGCUACCAGUCCCGGAAGGCUGGAGCUACAAGCAAGCGGCUGGGCUAUUCGUGACGGCGCCAACAAGCUACGGUGCGCUGGUUGUCCGCGCCGGGGUCAAAGCUGGAGACUAUGUUCUAGUGCAUGCCGCUGCCGGAGGCGUUGGUCUCGCUGCCGUUCAGGUUGCCAAAGCCUUCGGCGCCACCGUCAUCGCCACGGCGGGCACCAAGCGCAAACUCGAGGUCGCCAAAUCGUUUGGCGCCGACCACGUUGUCGACUACCGGGACGAGAAGUGGCCGGAAGCCGUGAAGAAACUGACGCCCAGGGGCAGGGGUGUCGAUAUCGUCUAUGAUCCCGUCGGAAUGGUCGACAAGAGUACCAAGUGCACGGCUUGGAACGGCCGCAUCCUGAUUGUCGGGUUUGCCGCCGGCACCAUCGAAAAGGUGGCGAUGAACAAGGUGCUGCUCAAGAACAUCAGCCUCGUGGGCAUCCACUGGGGGCAGUACGCCGUCCACGAGAGGGAGACGGUGGUGACGGUGUGGCAGGGCAUCAUGAAGCUGAUCGCCGAGGGCAAGUUCAGGGGCACCGAGUUCACCGAUAGAGACUUUGUCGGGCUCGAGGCUGUCCCAAACGCAUUGAAGGCACUGGGAAGCAGAGAGACCUGGGGGAAAGUGGUCGUUCCUUCGCCGGACAUCGCCUCGACAAAACCUCGCUCACCCUCCCCCCAAGCCGUCAAGCUGUUCUCCUCAUACAUAAGACGCACCCUCCGCUCCAGCGCUACCGGCCUCUCCGUAGCUGCUGCCGCCACGCUCUCACACAAGAGCACCCCUUACUACCGGAACGAGAUUAACACAAUUGGCAAGCGGAGUAUGCACAGCAAGGUCGUCGUCAUCGGCUCCGGGCCGGCCGCCCACACCGCGGCCAUCUACCUGGCCCGCGCCGAGCUGAAGCCCGUCCUCUACGAGGGCUUCAUGGCCAACGGCAUCGCGGCGGGCGGGCAGCUGACGACCACGACCGAGAUCGAGAACUUUCCGGGCUUCCCCGAGGCCAUCACAGGCCAAGAGCUGAUGGACAAGAUGCGCAACCAGUCGGAGCGCUUCGGCACCACCAUCGUCAGCGAGACGGUCGCGCGCCUCGACCUGUCCAAGCGGCCCUUCGAGUACGCGACCGAGUGGAACCCGGACACGGUCAUGACGGCCGACGCCGUCAUCCUGGCCACGGGCGCGUCCGCCCGCCGCUUGGGGCUGCCGGGCGAGGACAAGUACUGGCAGAACGGCAUCUCGGCGUGCGCCGUGUGCGACGGGGCCGUGCCCAUAUUUCGGAACAAGCCGCUGGUGGUGAUUGGCGGCGGCGAUUCCGCGGCCGAGGAGGCCAUGUUCCUGACCAAGUACGGCAGCCACGUCACGGUGCUAGUGCGGCGCGACAAGCUGCGAGCCAGCAGUAUCAUGGCGAAGCGGCUGCUGAGCCAUAAGAAGGUCACGGUGCGGUUCAACACCGUGGGCGUCGAGGUCAAGGGCGACGCCAAGGGCUUGAUGAGCCAUCUCGUGGUGAAGGACACGGUCACGGGCCGGGAGGAGACGCUCGAGGCCAACGGGCUGUUCUAUGCUAUUGGCCAUGACCCGGCCACGAACCUGGUCAGGGGCCAGCUCGAGACGGACGAGGACGGCUACGUCGUGACGAAACCCGGUACCACACUUACUAGCGUCAAGGGCGUGUUUGCGGCGGGAGACGUCCAGGACAAGAGGUAUCGCCAGGCGAUCACGAGCGCAGGUAUGUGGUGUUUAUUGCUCCGGUGAGGGUUGUCCAGGAUACUAACGGUGGGCAGGCACCGGCUGCAUGGCUGCUCUGGAUGCGGAGAAGUACUUGGCGGACCUUGAAGAGGAGCAGGCGGACGGGAAACUAUAGAAGUGCGG